GCAGGGGCUGCAUGGACAUCCCCAUCAGCAGCAGAGACUUCCGCUGCCUGCAGCUGGCCUGCGUGGCCCUCAGCCUGGUGGCCGGCAGCAUCAUCAUCGGUGUAUCUGUGUCUAAGGCAGCGGCUGCCAUGGGCGGUGUCUUUAUCGGUGCAGCUGGGCUAGGGCUACUUAUCUUGGCCUACCCCUUCCUGAAGGCCCGGCUCAACCUGGACCACUUCUUGCCUGCCAUUGGGAACCUGAGAGUCCACCCCAACUCAGAGCCAGAUCAAGGACAAGGGAGAUCUAACACCAAUGACAAUAAGGAAGGAGCCCGCAGCAGCCUGUCCACUGUGAGCAGGACUCUGGAGAAGCUGAAGCCAGGGGCCCCGGGGCACUGA